AUGGAAUUUAUUAAAAGUGAAAAAGGUCGAGACCUUCUUUGUUACAACGGAUAUUUAUACAGAUUUGACAAAAACAGUAGUUGGCGAUGUAUUGAAUGCAAUACGAAAAAAUGUCGUGGUCGUAUUAAUUUGAUGGAUGGUCAAAUAAUUAGUGAAAGUGAAAAAGAGCACAACCAUAAACCCGAUAUUGCAAAAAUUGAAGCGAGAAAAGCAGUGCAAUUUUUAAAAACAACAGCAAAACAUACUGAACUUAGUACUCAAGCAGUUUUAGGCGCAGUGUCUUUACAGAUUACUGAAGCGGUUGCUGGUCAAUUACCAGCAGUUGAUUCAAUGAAAAAAACCGUUCAACGAAUUCGUCAAAAAGAAUUAAUGGCACCAGCAAUUCCAGCUUCAUUGAAGGAGUUGAUCAUUCCACCAGAUUUUACAACAACAUUAGAUGGUAAACCGUUUUUAUUAUAUGAUAGUUACUCACAAAAUCAAGAAAUUCCACGCAUAUUAAUAUUUUCAACUACGGAAAAUCUUGAUAUGAUGGUUGAUUGUGAACAUUUGUAUGUUGAUGGUACUUUUUCAUCGUCACCUAGUAUUUUCUACCAGCUAUAUACAAUUCACGGUGUACAAUUUAGUAAUGUUUUGCCAUCCGUUUUUGCACUCCUUCCAAAUAAAACUGAAGAAAUAUACAUCCGUUUAUUUAAAAAAAUCCUAGAGUUAAGACCAGAAUUGAAGCCUAUUUCUAUAAUGCUAGAUUACGAACAAGCUACAAUAAAUGCAGUGAAAAAAGUAUUUCCUCAAACAGAAAUAAAUGGCUGUUUUUUCCAUUUUUGUCAGUCUAUAUGGAGACAUAUUCAAAACACAGGACUUGCCAUAAAAUACCGUGAAAAUUCCGAGUUUGCAUUAAAUAUUAAAAUGUUAAAUGCAUUAGCAUAUGUUCCCCCAGAGUCUGUUAUUACUGCAUUCGAAAACCUAUUACAAACUGAUUUUUAUAUAGAACAUGAAGCAAUAUUGACACCUCUCUUAGAUUAUUUUGAAGACACGUGGAUAGGUCGUAUAAGUCGUAACAGGCAACGAAGGUCUCCAAAGUUUUCUAUAAAAUUAUGGAACUGUUAUGGGUUGAUUAAAAAUGAUAUACCAAGGACCAACAAUGCUAUUGAAGGAUGGCAUAAUUCAUUUAAAUCAAUUUUAAAUGCAGUUCAUCCAUCAAUUUGGAAAUUUAUCGACGCUCUAAAAAAAGAGGAAAAGUUGAAUCGCGUGAGAAUUCACCAGUUUGUUGCAGGUAAUGAACCAAAAUCAAAAAAAAAAAAAUAUAAAGAUUCAGGAUUGAGGAUAAAAAAUAUUUGUGAACAAUUCCAUUCCCGAUCAACUGAACAGUUUUUAAAAGGCAUUGCUCAAAAUAUUUAA